CGGCCUCACUUUUCCCAUAAAUCUCACUCCUCUCUCUGUCUCUCUCUCUCUCUAGACUUCAAUCUGUUGUGUUUUUCUAGACAGAGAAAUGUGGGAUUCCAGUGCAAAAACAUCAUGAGCUCCCAAAGCCUCCAUUUUUUUACAUGCUUUCUUCUUCUCCUCUCCGUCCAAUCUUUUGGUCUCGACACAGAUGGACUUCUGUUACUUUCUUUCAAGUUCUCUAUCCUCCGUGACCCUCAGUCCGUUCUUGCCACCUGGAAUUCGUACGACGAGACGCCAUGUUCAUGGAGAGGCGUCGUUUGCGCCCCGCAGCCGAGGAACUCGUCGGAAAACUACCAACGAGUGGUAAGCUUGAAUCUUCCCAACUCUCAGCUUCUGGGUUCGAUCCCUGCCAACCUUGGCAUGAUCGAACACCUUCAAAGUCUUGAUCUUUCCAACAAUUCCCUCAACGGUUCGCUCCCACAGUCGCUCUUCAACGCCACGGAGCUUCGGGUUCUUGAUUUGUCGUACAAUUUGAUCUCCGGGGAGCUGCCGGACAUGGUGUCUCAGCUGACCAACCUCCAGAGUCUCAACCUCUCCGACAAUGCCUUGGCGGGAAAAUUACCCACCAAUCUGUCUUCUCUGCACUCUCUAACGAUCAUUUCUUUGAAGGAUAAUUACUUCUCAGGCGGUCUUCCGAGCGGGUUCGAAUCCGUUCAGGUUUUGGAUCUGUCUUCGAAUCUGAUCAACGGCUCUCUGCCGUCUGAUUUUGGCGGCAACAGUCUGAGUUACUUCAACGUCUCCCACAACGGACUUUCCGGGAAAAUCCCGCCUGAAUUUUCCGAGAAAAUUCCAGGUAACGCCAAAACCGACCUAUCUUUCAACAAUCUUACCGGCGAAGUCCCGGAAACUCAGGUGUUCUUGAACCAAGAAACUGGGUCUUUUACCGGCAAUCCUGAUCUGUGUGGCCCACCGACCAAGAACCCAUGUCCGAUUCCUUCUUCUCCUUCCUCUUCACCCAAUGCUUUGUCUCCGAAAUCUCCUCCGGCAUUUGCUGCAAUUCCCAGGAACCCAGAGACCAGUUCGGGGAGAUCGAAAAAUGGGCAUUCGCAACAAAGCCAGACCGGGCUCAGACCAGCCGCCAUUGUCGGAAUAGUCGCCGGCGACAUAGCCGGAAUCGGAAUCCUCGCUCUCGUUUUCCUGUACAUAUACAGAUUGAAGAAGAAGAAGAGCACCAAGGCCGAGAUCACAGCAAAGCUCAAGAAAGAAGCUAAUACAAAUUCAACGCCGGUAGUCAAUGACUGGUCUUCUUCCUCGUCGGAAUCGAAGGGGUUCACCAGAUGGUCGUGCCUGAGAAAGAGAGGCGAAGACGAAGACAGCUCCGACACGACAGCCUCCGAUUCCGAAGAACAUCAGACAGAGCAGAAUCCGCAAAAGGGUAACGAAAGCAAACGGCAGCAAGAGCAGGAACAGAGCAAAGGCGGGACCUUGGUGACCGUCGACGGCGCAAAGGAGCUAGAACUCGAGACGCUGCUCAAAGCCUCGGCGUACAUUCUGGGCGCCACCGGUUCGAGCAUAAUGUACAAGGCGGUGCUCGAAGACGGAAGCUCUUUGGCGGUUCGGAGGAUCGGGGAGCAGAGUGUGGACCGGUUCAAGGAUUUCGAGAACCAAAUCAAGCUUGUGGCCAAACUGGUCCACCCGAACCUGGUUCGAAUUCGUGGGUUCUAUUGGGGAGUCGACGAGAAGCUCAUCAUCUAUGAUUUCGUUCCAAAUGGCAGCCUCGCAAACGCACGUUACAGGAAGGUGGGUUCGUCGCCUUGUCAUUUACCGUGGGAAGCGAGGCUCAAUAUAGCGAAAGGGGUUGCCCGUGGGCUUGCGUACCUCCACGAAAAGAAGCACGUCCACGGAAACCUCAAGCCGACUAACAUUCUCUUGGACACAGACAUGGAGCCCCGGAUUGGUGAUUUUGGACUUGAGAGACUUUUGUCCGGCGACACAAGUUACAAAAUUGGAAGCUCGAUAAGAAAUUUCGGAAGCAAGAGAUCAACGGCUUCACGGGAUAGCUUUCAGGAUUUUGCACUUGGGCCUAGUCCAGGCCCAAGUCCGAGCCCUAGCUCUAUGGGUACAUCGCCUUAUCAUUGCCCUGAAUCGCUUCGGAGCCUGAAGCCGAAUCCAAAGUGGGAUGUGUACUCAUUUGGGGUGAUAUUGCUUGAGCUACUAACCGGGAAAGUUGUGGUUGUGGAUGAGGCAGUGCAGGGUCUUGGGCUUGUUGGAGUGGAUGAUAGCGGCAGGGCUUUCCGGAUGGCAGAUAUGGCAAUCAGAGGUGAAUUGGAGGGCAAAGAGGAGGCCCUGUUGUCCUGCUUCAAGUUGGGGUACAAUUGUGCGUCACCUGUCCCACAAAAGAGACCACCAAUGAAAGAAGCUCUACAAGUCCUUGAGAAAUUCCCAUCUUCUGCUUCAUCAUCAUAUUAUUAUGCCCUCUAAUGACAUGUUUUGUACCCUUAAUUUGUAGAGAGAGAGAGAGAGAUGUAUGUAUGAUUUAUUUUAUUCUCAAGUCUUUGUAGUUGGUUCAUCCAUCCAAUUUUUUUCAGUAUGAAUCCAUCUGUUUUUGGGAUUAUUAGUCCUUGUAGUAGGUUAAGUGUUGAUCAACUAAUAAUUAAUCUUUGUUAGGUCUCA